AUGGCUACCCCUAGUGUCCUAGCUUUUGACGCUGAGGGUCGCGCCAUUGAUUUUGAGGUCUGGUUAGACGACCUGCAGCUGUUCUUACAGUGCGACAGAGCUGACAACCUUUCUCUCUUUGACCUCACCUCUGGCGCCUCUCCUGCUCCUGCUGCUGAUGCUGAUCCCACUGUCCGCUCUCAGUGGGCCACCCGCGAUGCUGCUGCACGUCUUGCUGUGCGUCGCCACCUCCCUACCUCUGAGCGUGCGCACUUUAGUCAGUACAAGAGUGCUCAGACCUUGUACGACGCUGUUGUUGCGCGCUACUCCUCCCCUGCCACUGCUGCACUGAGCCGUCUCAUGCUUCCCUACCUCUUUCCUGACCUCUCUGCCUUUCCCACUGUCGUUGACCUCAUUACGCACCUCCGCACUAGUGACACUCGCUACCGCGCCGCCCUUCCUGCUGAGUUCUGCGCUAAGAACCCACCCCCCAUGUACAUUGCUCUCUACUACGUAGUCGCGCGCCUCCCUGACUCCCUUCGAGUUGUCAGGGACCACUUUCUCGCAGUCUGUCCCACCACCCUCACCGUUGACCUCCUCAAGAAGGCCCUCCUCGCAGCGGAGAAGAGCAUAGUCGCUGUAGGUGCUUCUCGUGGUGACCCUCGCACCCCAUCUUUGAGGGGUGCUCUCCUUCCCCCUUGCUGCCCUCUGUUGCCUCUGCUGCUGCCGCCGACCUACUUGGUCUUGAGUUGGUCGGCGCGGCGUCUGCCCCUAGUGGGAGACGUCGCUCCAGCAAGGGGAAGGGGGGCAAGGGCGCGGGUGGAGCUGGAGGGGCGGGGCGGUGGCGGCGGAGGGAGUGGGGGUGGCGGCGGGACUAGUGGCGGGGGUGGUGGUGGUGGUGGCAGCAGCGGCGGAGACGGUGGUGGUGGUGCCAGCGGUGGUGGUGGAGGCAGCGGCGGAGGUGGAGGCGGCGGAGGUGGAGGCGGUGGAGGCGGCAGCGGAGGAGGCGGUGGUGGUGGAGGAGGUGGAGCUGGUCGGGGUGGUACCCAGCAGCGUAGCGGCGGUGGUGGUGGCCAGCGCUCGCAGCGGCAGCAGCAGCAGCGCUCGCGGGACAUCCCUCCGCCUAAGCAGCUUCGUGAGUGGUACGCUGGGCGUCAGAGGGGUGGGGGUACUGGUCCCUCCACCUACGUUCUUCGUUCCGGCGACCGCGCGGCGAUCUUUGAUCUUGAUUUUGAUGCUAUCCUUGCUGCUAUGUAUGCUGUGACUUAUAGUGAGGAGAAUGAGGGUUACCGGUGUUUCCAGCCCGACCCGGGCAUUGGUACUGCUGCGCUAGGUGCUUGUGAGGCUGCUGCUCUAGGUGCCAGUGCGUCUGCGCUCUCAGGUACUGGUGAGACUGCGCUCUCAGGUACUGCGUCGUCCUCGUCCUCCCUCACUUUCACACUUGACUCCGGGGCUUCUCGCUCCUUCUUUCGAGACCGCACUACCCUUACGCCGCUCGGCCGGCCGGUUGCAGUCUCCCUUGCUGACCCCUCUGGGGGUCCUGUCCUGUCUCACUUCUCCACUGUCCUCCCGUGUCCGGCUGCCCCUUCGGGCACCCUGUCUGGUCUGUACCUUCCCUCGUUCUCUACGAACUUGGUGAGUGGCGCGGACCUGCAGGAUGGGGGUGUUCACCAGUUCACUCCUGCGCGUCAGCGGGUGACCCACUGCACGGAGGCACGCACAGGCCGACACCUAGCCACGUUCUCGCGUCGGCCGGGGUCGAGUCUCUACACCCUGACCGUUGAGUCUCCUCCUGUCUCUGAGUCUGGUCAGGUGGCUGCGUCAGGUCAGGUGCUUGCUGCUGCGUCCCGGUCAGGUCCUGAGUCUGCCCCCUUUUCUUGUCGCCUCCUGUCUCACGAGACUCUCCUGUGGCACCACCGUCUUGGCCACCCCUCCUUGCCCCGUCUUCGGAGCAUGGCUUCCCAUGUCCUUGUCUCUGGUCUUCCCCAGUCUCUCCCUCCUCUCCCCUCCGGGCCAGGACCUUCCUGUUUCCCCUGUGUCGAGGGUCGCCUCCGGGCUACUCCUCACUCCUCCCACUUCCCCCCGACAGAGGCUCCCCUGCAGACGCUUCACAUGGAUGUGUGGGGCCCAGCCCCCGUCCGUGGGCAGGGUCACGAGCGCUACUUCCUGUUGGUGGUUGACGACUACUCGCGUUACACCACAGUCCUCCCCUUGCGCAGCAAGGGUGCGGUCACUGAGGUGCUGAUCGACUGGAUCCGCGAGGCUCGUCUCCAGCUCAGGAAGAGCUUCGGCUCGGACUUUCUUGUUCUGCGUCUGCACUCGGACAGAGGCGGAGAGUUCUCUUCUCGCCUUCUGCGAGACUACUGUCGUGCACGGGGGAUCCGCCAGACCUUCACGCUUCCGGACUCACCACAGCAAAAUGGGAUUGCUGAGCGCCGCAUUGGCAUGGUCAUGGAUGUCGCUCGUACGUCCAUGAUGCAUGCGGCUGCCCCCCAUUUUCUGUGGCCGUUUGCGGUGAGGUACGCGGCGCAUCAGCUCAACCUUCACCCCCGGGUCUCUCGGCCUGCGAUGUCCCCAGCCUUGCUGUGGACGGGGAAGGUUGGCGAUGCGUCUGUGUUCCGUGUCUGGGGAUCUCGAGCGUUUUUUUACCACCCCUCCUCUCGUCGUGUUCUGUCCUCCCAGGACGUCACGUUCGACAAGUUAGUCCCCUUCUACCGUCUCUUCCCCUACCGCACUCCUUCCCUCCCCCCUCCCCCGGACUUCCUUGUGCCGGUAGACGCCGUUGACCCGGUCGAGGUUACUGGUGACUCUGGUGCUGCUGCGGGUGCUGAGCCUGGGGGUGCUGACUCUGGGGGUGCUGUGCGCGGGGGUGCUGAGCCUGGGGGUGCUACUGCUGGGGGUGCUGAGCCUGAGGGUGCUACUGCGGAGGGUGCGGAGCCUUGGGAUGCUGAGCUGGGGGGUGCUGUGCUUGGAGGUGCUGGGUCUGGGGGUGCUGGGUCGGGAGUUGCUGAGCCUGGGGAUGCUGAGCUGGGAGCUGCUGAGCCUGGGGGUGCUGUGUUUGGAGCUGCUGAGCCUGGGGUUUCUCCUGCUGCUGCGUCUCGCCGGGAGCCCCUCUCUCCACAGGAGCUGCGCGAGUGGUUCGCUCGCCGCUGGAGGCGUGCUGCUGAGUCUGGAGCCGGAGCUGCUGAGGGCGUUGGUGCUGAGCCUACUGCUGUUGGUCUUGCCGCUGGUGGUGUGGGUGGCGCUGGUGCUGUCGCUGAGGGUGCUGGUGCUGUCCCUGCUGAGUCUAGAGCUGCCGCGCGGCCUCGGCCGUACUUCGUUCCGCUCCUACAGCAGGUUCUUGGUCUUUCUCCUCUAGUAGAGGGUCCACCGCCUGUCCAGUCGCAGUCCCUGCUGGAGCCUUCCUCUUCACUGCCUGCUCCCUCUCCUUACACUGGUCCUACUGGAGGUCUUGCUGAGCGUCGUGAGCCUGCGUCUCGUCCCGCGUCGCCUGUUCGUGCUGCUCGCGCUGGUCGCAAUUUGCGUCAGCGUCCUCCUCCUGUCCCUGGCACGCACCGGAUGUCUUUGCGUCCGUCAACUGCUCCUCUGCGUGCCCCUUUGCCUUCUCCUCCUGAGUCCUCUCUUCCUGCGCUUGCCGACCCUGAUUCGGACUCUCUUCGUGCUGCCAGUCCUACUGUCACGCGUCUGCUUGCUACUGUCGUCACUGACCCCUCUUUUGAGUCCACUGCUGCGUCUGCUCUAGUCGCUGAGCUCGUCGACUUUGCUGCUCGCUGUCGUCUCGACUACGCUGCUAGUCUUGUUGCUGAGUCUGCAGCUGUCUGUCCUCCGUCCGUCGGGGGUGAGUGUGCUCUUGGCACAGACGUCCUAGAGGACAGGCAGGAGGAGUUCCAGAGUCUGGCGGCUGCUUCACCUCAUCUCGCGUCUGUACUGCUUGCCCCUGAGGGAGGCCGUAGAGGGGUGAAGCGGCCGCCGGGCUCUCCAUCUGUCUUCAAGGCACGGUACGUUGCUCGUGGCUUCAGUCAGCGGCAGGGAGUUGACUACUUUCAGACCUUCUCUCCCACCCCGAAGAUGACUACUCUUCGGGUGCUGCUGCACAUAGCCGCUCAGCGCGACUACGAGCUUCACUCUCUCGACUUCAGCACUGCGUUCUUGCAAGGUAGCCUGCACGAGGAGAUCUGGCUUCGCCGUCCACCUGGCUUCACUGGGACUUUCCCUCCUGGCACCCAGUGGAGCCUCCGACGGCCAGUCUACGGUCUCCGCCAGGCACCGCGUGAGUGGCACGACACACUGAGGACUACGCUUGCGGCUCUUGGGUUUGCUCCCUCUACUGCUGACCCGUCGCUGUUUCUUCGCACCGACACUUCCCUGCCGCUGUUCUACAUCCUCGUGUACGUCGACGACUUGGUCUUUGCCACAGCGGACACUGCUGGACUCGCCUACGUGAAGUCCGAGCUGCUGAAGAGACACACGUGCACAGACCUGGGUGAACUGCGCAGCUACCUUGGCUUGCAGAUCACCCGGGACAGAGCACGCCGCACCAUUACCUUGACUCAGUCACACAUGGUGCAGCAGGUCCUUCAGCGCUUCGGCUUCACGUACUCCUCGCCUCAGGCCACUCCUCUGCCUACUCGCCACUCACUCUCAGCUCUGCCUUCGGAUGAGUCCGUAGAGUCGAGUGGUCCGUGUGCAGAGCUUGUUAGCUGCCUCAUGUACCUGAUGACCUGCACACGACCUGACCUUGCAUACCCUCUGAGCAUUCUUGCAUGCUAUGUUGCUCCUGGGAGACACAGACCAGAGCACAUGGCUGCAGCGAAGAGGGUAUUGCGCUACCUGUGCAGUACGUCGGGCAUGGGGCUAGUGCUUGGAGGGCGGAGUCCAGUGGUCCUUACCGGCCACGCGGACGCUUCUUGGGCUGACGACCAGGCUACGCAGCGGUCGUCACAGGGUUACACCUUCACCCUUGGUUCCGGCUCUGUCUCGUGGCGGUCUACUCGCUCGUCUUUGGUUCUCGGCUCCAGUUGUGAGGCUGAGAUCUACGCCGGGGCCAUGGCUGCACAGGAGCUUCGCUGGCUCACCUACCUGCUCACUGACCUUGGAGAGCCGCCUCGUUCUCCUCCAGUGCUGUACGUAGACAACAAGGCCAUGCUGGCCUUGUGUCGAGAGCAGCGUCUGGAGCACAGAACGAAGCACAUUGCUCUCCGCUACAUCCUUGCUCGUGAGCUGCAGCAGCGUGGUCAGUUGCGACUUGCGUACGUGGCCUCUGAGGCCAACACUGCUGAUGUGUUCACCAAGGCACUCGCGCCUUGUGACCAUUAG